UACCCGUAUUUGAUCAUAAAAACAAGUCUUAAACAUAUAUUUUUAAAAUAAGUAUAUAAAUCCAUAGUGAAAUAAGUCAUUUAUUAUUAUGAUUGUUUAAUAAAUUAUAUUUUUUGUAAAAUGACCAGCUUCUCCUCGUAGCCUCAGCACUGCUCUAAACAGGAUGAACCUUCCUGAGAAAAAGAAAACGCAGAUUAUGUUUUACAUGGGACGUUUACACUUGAUCGUAAGAGCUUUUCUUUUCAAAAACUGAUCAUUAAUCUUUUUAUUUGUUCUUGUGGGAAGAUACAUAAACUUAAUGAGAAAGCAAAGACAUUUUGAUCAAAGCAAGUCUUCAGCUGUGGAGCAGAAAGACACUUCCUUAUUCAUAGUCAGUGUUGAAGAUCAAACUGUUCAGAUCCAUCAUGAAUGAAACACAAACAUCGGGAGAUGAAGAGUAUUUUAAAGUCUGCAGCUCAGUUCAUCAGAAGAAAUCAGAAGCAGAGCCCAGCUGUGUGUCUAUGAAGAGUGACUGCUCUAUGCAUCAGCCAAGAAAUUUUAAGAGUGAAGAUUCGCAGCCUGGGUUCGGUUCAGUUCAUCAGAAGAGAUCAGAAGCAGAGCCCAGCUGUGUGUCUAUGAAGAGAGAGACAUCUGUGAUUCAGUCUUUAAAUUUUAAGAGACGAGUCCUCAACACACUUAGAUCAAAUCUGCUGAAGAAGUUUGAGUGUCUGUGUGAGGGAACAGCGAUGCAGAGAAAGCCAACACUGCUGAAUGAGAUCUACACAGAGCUCUACAUCACAGAGAGUGAGAGAGGAGAGAUCAAUAAUGAGCAUGAGGUGAGACAGAUUGAGACACAAUCCAGGAGAGAAGCAACAGAGGACACAGCCAUCAAAUGCAGUGACAUCUUCAGACCUUUACCUGGACAAGACAAAGACAACAGAACUGUGCUGACAAAGGGAGUCGCUGGCAUUGGAAAAACAGUCUCUGUGCAGAAGUUCAUCCUGGACUGGGCCGAAGGGAAAGAGAAUCAGGAUGUCCAGCUCAUAUUUCCACUUCCUUUUAGAGAAAUCAACUUGAUGAAGGAUAAAACACUCAGUCUUUUAGAUCUUCUUCAUGUCUUUUUCCCUGAAACUAAAGAAAUGGAAAUAUCCAGUGAUGAAUAUAAAGUAUUGUUCAUCUUUGAUGGUCUGGACGAGUGUCGUCUGUCUCUAGACUUUAAGAGUAAAGUGAAUCUGUGUAGUAUAUCUGAGUCAGCCUCAGUUGAUGUGCUGCUGAUGAACCUGAUUGUGGGGAACCUGCUUCCCUCUGCUCUCAUCUGGAUCACCUCCAGACCAGCAGCAGCUGAUCUCGUCCCCUCUGAGUGUGUCCAUCGAGUGACAGAGGUAAGAGGCUUCAAUGAGCCACAGAAGGAGGAAUACUUCAGGAAGAGGAUCAGUGAUCAGAGUCUGGCUGACAGGAUCAUCUCACACCUGAAGUCCUCCAGGAGCCUCUUCAUCAUGUGUCACAUCCCAGUCUUCUGCUGGAUCUCAGCCACUGUUCUUGAGAAGAUCUUGAGUCGAGCAGAGACUGGAGAGAUUCCCAAGACUCUCACUCAAAUGUACACACACUUCCUGAUCCUCCAGACCAACAUCAAACAUGAGAAGGACUAUGAGAAGAACCUGACGGAUGAAGACAUGAUCUUCAAACUGGGGAAACUGGCUUUUCAGCAGCUAGUGAAAGGAAACCUGAUCUUCUAUGAUGAAGACCUGAGAGAGUGUGACAUUGAUGAGACAGAAGCAUCAGUUUAUUCAGGACUGUGCACUCAGAUCUUCAGAGAGGAGCUGGGCUUGUUUCUGGGGAAAGUCUUCUGCUUCGUUCACCUUAGCCUUCAGGAACAUCUAGCAGCACUAUAUGCACACUUAUCCUUAACAAUAAAGAAGAUAAAUGUGUUUGACCAAAUCCAACAAAAAUCCUUCUUUACUGUCAUCUUUAAUGAAAUUGGACCAUUAUCUGAGCUGCAUCAGAGAGCUGUGGAUGAGUCUCUACAGAGUAAGAAUGGACAUCUGGAUCUUUUCCUGCGGUUUCUUCUGGGUCUCUCAGUGGAGUCCAAUCAGACUCUCUUAAGAAAACUACUGACACAGACAGGAAGCUGCUCCUACAACAAAAGGGAAACAGUUCAGUUCAUCAAAGAGAAGAUCUGGGAGAAUCACUCUUCAGAUAAAUCCAUCAAUCUGUUUCACUGUCUGAAUGAACUGGGUGAUGAUUCACUGAUGCAGGAGAUCCAGGGUUAUCUGAAAUCUGGAAAAAUAAGAGAAAUCAAACUCUCCUUUUCACAGUGGUCAGCUCUGGUUUAUGUGUUGCUGACAUCAGAGCAGAAGAUGGAUGUUUUUGAUCUAAAAAAGUUUAUUGGAAAACAACAUACAGGAGAAGAAGUUCUUCAGUAUCUGUUACCUGUGGUCAAAGAAUCCAGAUCAUUUUGGCUACGUGGAUGCAAACUCACUGCUCAGUCUUGUGAAAGUUUGUCUUCAGUUUUACAAUCCUCAUACUCAAACAUCCUGAGAGAGCUGGACCUGAGUAACAAUGAAGUGCAGGAUUCUGGAGUGAAGCUGCUCUCUAAACGACUGAAGAGUCCAAACUGUCAUCUGGAGAUCCUGAGGCUAUGUGGAUGCAAACUCACAGCUCAGUCUUGUGAAAGUUUGUCUUCAGUUUUACAAUCCUCAAACUCAAACAUCCUGAGACAGCUGGACCUGAGUAACAAUGACCUGCAGGAUUCUGGAGUGAAGCUGCUCUCUGAAGGACUGAAAAGUCCAAACUGUCAUCUGGAGAUUCUGAGGCUAUGUGGAUGCAAACUCACUGCUCAGUCUUGUGAAAGUUUGUCUUCAGUUUUACAAUCCUCAAACUCAAACAUCUUGAGAGAGCUGGACCUGAGUAACAAUGACCUGCAGGAUUCUGGAGUGAAGCUGCUCUCUGAAGGACUGAAGAGUCCAAACUCUCAUCUGGAGAUUCUGAGGCUAUGUGGAUGCAAACUCACAGCUCAGUCUUGUGAAAGCUUGUCUUCAGUUUUACAAUCCUCAAACUCAAACAUCCUGAGAGAGCUGGACCUGAGUAACAAUGACCUGCAGGAUUUUGGAGUGAAGCUGCUCUCUGAAGGACUGAAGAGUCCAAACUGUCAUCUGGAGUUAUGA